UGCUCCUGGAAACGGGUAAUCAAUAUCGUUUACAAGAUUGAGAAAUUCAUUUAAACAAACUGUAUUUUUCUUUAAGGUAGCAACGCAAAUAAAGUUUCGGAAUGGCUGGCACUGCCUACCACAUGGAAGCCUUGCGGAAGACAAGAGCUAUUGAAAGGAAGACUGAAGCAAUGAAACGAUUGAGGGAUAGUGUUGGACAGCAAACCUAUAACCCUUCAGGAAGUGGGGACACAGAUGGAGCACCAUUGGUUUUUUCUGAGCCAGGCCAUUAUGCGCAAAAUAGGAAUGAAUUGGAAAAAUUUCGUGUAAAUUCAGCGGGCUUUAACAACCGAUAUCGUCAAAGACAGAGCUUAAAUCCACACUGUGAUCUUGCCUAUGCUGUUGUUUAUCCUGGAAAAGUGAAUUCUGAUUAUACUCAAGAUGAAAAUAAAAACAACAGAAGAUAUAAUCUAAAUGUUGGUCGUUUUGAAAUGGCUAGUAAACAUGAUGGUGUCAAUAUAGACAAAAGUUUCAUUUCCGGUCAACUUGAUUAGGCGUUUGUUGCAUCUUUAUUGACUAUUAAGGUAUCCGAAGUACUAAUGUUUAUGUCUUUUUAUCGAGCCAUUGGUGAUAAUGUUAAAGUGUUGAUGCUAGUGACUGCAUAUAAUUUUGGUACCAUUUGAUUCGGAAUAGCCUGCUGAUUACUGAUAUAUAAAAUAAUCACCCCAAAUAAGAGACCAUGGAGAAGUGAUUGCACUUUCUGUUUUUGUUAUUUAUAUUAACAGAAAUUGGACCUGAAAUGCCAUAUAUCAACGCCAAGAUAAUGUUUUUUCAUAAUUUUAGUGUAUGUUUAACAAAUUCCUUCUCACACACAUAACAACCUUUCAAAUGAUACCGGAGUUAUUAUGGGGUCACCAGGCAUCUAAAAUUCACACAGUCGUGCAUGGGAUACCUUAAAAGUCUGUUCACCUUUAAUACACAUACUAUAACCUCCUAAUUACGUGUUGGAGCACAACAUUAAAAUGCACACUUUCUUGUAUGCUUGAUCAACAGAUUAAGUUGCCCUGAUGCAUGAUCAGUCAUUCUUAUAUUAAGUUGAAAUGCAUUUUGUGAUGUCCUUAAAUGCUUGUUAUAGUUCCUUACCUUGUGGUAGGGACGCAAUUAUUUAUGCUAUACAUGUAGCAUUAAAUGCAUUUUCUACCAAUAACAAAGUAUUAUAAUUAUCAUGCUUAUUAACACUUUGCAUGGCAAUGUCUGCUUGCAGGGAAUGUUCUUUAAACCCUCCACAGAAAACUAAGAAAUUUGUUCGGCGCCCUAAAGAAGAUAUCAUCCGAAAAAAGACCCCUGAGUCACUGAAAAAAAUUCAGCGAGAUCAAAUAUAUGACAUUCUUCACCCAAGCAAGUGAAUCACCUUCUGUUUCAAAAGCAUAGUGUUUUAUUGUUGACACUCACCAGUCAGUAUUAUUGUUACACCAUUUUACUUAAUUUCUACUUUGUCAUACAUAUAUAUUGCUUUGCUGUGCAUGUUAUCCCAAGUUUGGUGCUUUUUUUGCCAAAUUUAUGAGUGCAAUUCAUGACUUCCCUUGUACAUAUUGUUUGCCUAACUGAUGCACUUGCUCAUGUUUUCUUUGGCUGCAUCAUUCACUUCUGCAUGUUAAAAAGUACAUGAUUUUCCCCUUGUUGGUGCUGGGAGAUAAAACUUUGUUAUUGGUGUUGUAGGUGGACCAUUUCUUGUAAAAUAUUCUUUUUGCUCUUUCAGUAACAUUGACAGAAUACGGCAUAGGCGGUGUCGGGCCUUAAAUGAAGGGGAAGAUAAUGUUAAUCCAUUAAUGAAUCCGCCAGAACGUAGCUUUAUAGUUCCUUUAAAUGAGCUGCCUCCUCGAAAACCACACUUCAAA